AUGAAAUACAAAGGCGGGCCGAGUUUUGUGACGAUUUUGACGAUUGGGACUAUCGUUGCUCUUUUCUCCUCCAUCGUCAUUUUCUUCAUCAUCCGCGCCCUCAUCCGCCUCUUCCAAAAAACGACUCUCAUCAAAGACCAUUACCUCCAUCUCCUCACUUCUCUCCCCCACGACCUGGUGCACCACUUCUUUCAAAUUUUUCUUUUCUUCAAAAUCUUCAUUUUCGUUCCCGACGAAGCCUUUCCCGCCACCUUUCAAAGUUUUCUUCUUGAAAAACCGGGCCUUGGAAUAUUUUAUGCAAUCAUCUUGUUUUUGGAUAUUCUGCGAAUUUUCGUCGUUUUUAAAUGGUGCGAAAAAGUGCAGCGGGAUCAGGGGCUCGCUCUUGUCAGAAUUGACGCUUUUGUUAAUGGAACUUCUUUUCUGAUUUGCCGAAUUCCACUGAUGCUUGUCCAAAGAGCAAUAAUGGACAAAUUUUAUUUUCCGAAUUUUCUCGUCUUAUUUAUUUGUUAUGAUAACUUGUUCCUUCUUUACAGUGUCAUUUCCAGCGCUUACUACGCAGAAAUCAAGCUCAAGAACGCUUUAAAUUUCUUAUCAAAAACAUUCAUCAUUAUUUCUCUGCCGAUUAUAUUUAUCAUUCUUUCAAUAUUUCGAAUGGCUCUGCAAUUUAGCAGUGUCGAUAUUUCCAAAUGCUUACAAAUUGUUACUUACGGCGAGUUUUCAUAUUUGACGAGAAAAUCUUGCACUGGAAUUUUGGAGCAUUUCUUUAUUUAUUUGAGCAUUUUGCCAUAUUUGCUCAUUCCGGCGUUGAUCAUCAAAAACUACUACUUCAUCCGAAGCAGCAUGAAAAAGAACAAAUCAUUGCUCGACAAUUUUAUUCUCGACAAAGUGCAUUCCCGAAAUCCAUCGGAAGAAGAGGAGCACAAAGAAACGCUGGAAGAAGUCGAUGAAUUCUCACAAGUUCUGAAAGAAGUGAAAGUUGAUGAUGAAGUGUUUGACAAUCGAAUUUCUUCUUCCUCUGGACCGUAUCAUAUGGUUGGCUAUGUGCAGACGGAAAAUGAACCGAUGAGUCAAGAAGCUCAAGAAGUUUUUCAAGAUCAAAGCUUGAAGACCGGCGCCUCUUCUCUCAAGUAUCUUGAGUUUCAAUCAAUGUCUCGAGAAGAGAAAAACAUGUGGCUCAAAAACGGAAUUGAUCCGGAAACAGGUGAAACUGCCGCGAACUCGGAAGACGAAGAAGAUGUCGAGUUUUAUUCCUCCUUUGCGUCUCUUUCUUUGAAGAAAUGA